CUGUACUCUACCUUAGUCUGCCACUACAAUCAUGACUUUCUCUCUCUACCUCUCAUAGCUUCGCUUAAGCUAGCUACAAAAUAAGCAGCUGCUGCUACUCUGAAAUAUCCUCUUCAUUUCUCCUGUCGCUCUCUAACUGCAAAACAAAUAUACACAAAAGGAGAGGGUCAUUGGAUAGUGAGGAAAAUUUCAAACACAAGAGAAAGUUGUAAACAACAUCAUAUUAUUGUCCAUGUUGGAUUGCAUGGUUUGAAAGAGAGAGAGAGAGAGAGAGAUCUGUUGGUAUUGCGGUUGCAGAGUUGCUCAGACAAGUAAUCCAUGGCCUAGAUAGAGUACACUGGACAACGACUUGGAGCUAGCUAGAUCGAAUAACCCAUCGUCAUCACCAUCCUCUAUUCAUCAUCAUCAUCAUCACCUUCACGGGAUUUUUGAAUGCCCAAAUUUUACUUUUUAUUUCUUUUUUCCAGUAUAUGAAUUAUCAUUAUUAGUCUGUGCUAGCUGCCACCUGUUGUACAUGAACAAGCUCUAGUUCAGCUCACACUCAUGCUUAGUUGUGUACAAAAGGAGAGUGCCCUUGUUAGUCCAAAUUUUUCAGAGUGCAAAAGUGGGGUUAAAGUUUGAGUCUUUGGGAGAAAAACCCAAGUAUCUAAAGAGAUCUCAUCUGGGUGUGGUGGGUUUUCUCAUCCCUUUAAUUUGUUUUUCUCUCUUUGGAGUUUUCCUUUCCUCCAACAAGGCCAAAAGAAAAUGUUUCCUUCGGUAGCAGCCAUGUCCAAUUCAACUUCUUUGUCCACUGAAGAAGCAGCUAGUGUUUCUUCUGGUUCCAGACUCCCAGAUCACUUUGCUUGCUUAAACCCUCUUUCAGUUUCAACCAUUACCUCUUCUCCUCUCGACCAUCAGCAGCCGCCGCAGAAGAUUAAAAAGAAGAGAAGCCUCCCUGGAAACCCAGACCCUGAUGCCGAAGUGAUAGCAUUAUCCCCUAAAACGCUCCUGGCCACGAACAGAUUCGUGUGCGAGAUUUGCAACAAGGGGUUCCAGAGGGACCAGAACCUCCAGCUUCACAGGAGAGGCCACAACCUGCCAUGGAAGCUGAAGCAAAGGAGCAGCAAAGACUUGAUAAAAAAGAGAGCCUAUGUGUGCCCUGAGCCCUCUUGUGUUCAUCACCACCCUUCAAGAGCACUUGGGGAUCUCACAGGGAUCAAGAAGCACUUUUGCAGAAAGCAUGGGGAGAAGAAGUGGAAGUGUGACAAGUGCUCGAAGAUCUAUGCUGUUCAAUCUGAUUGGAAAGCUCACUCCAAAACCUGUGGUACAAGAGAAUAUAGAUGUGACUGUGGAACCCUUUUCUCCAGGAAGGAUAGCUUCAUAACUCACAGAGCCUUCUGUGAUGCUCUGGCUGAAGAAAGUGCAAGGCUCUCAGCAAGCCAAUUAGCUAUUGCCACCACACCUCAAAUCUCUCUCUUCCCUUUCCCAAACCACUCUCACUUCACAAACCCACCCCCAUUACCAUUCACCACCCUCUCUCCCUGGGACCCACCCCACAACCCUAACCCUAACCCUAAUACCACCCAAAACCCACUUCACCACCACGUCAAGCCUGAAGAAACUCACCACCACUUCCCCCUAAACCCAAUUCUCUUCCAAGAGACCCCAUCACCUCAACACAAGCCUCUGAUAACCUCUCCCUUCCAGCACCUCCACGUCAGCACACAGCCAACCUCAAGUGUCGCCACGUCAGCUCACCUGUCAGCCACUGCGCUGCUCCAAAAGGCCGCCACCAUUGGCGCCUCCGCGGCUGGGCAGCAGCAGUCUCAGUCAGCUGGCUUGGCUGAGUUUGGGACAUUAGGAGGGUUCACGUCCGGAGAACUCACCACGUGGCAGAAGACUGACCGUCUGACGAGGGACUUCCUCGGUCUGACGUCCGCGGAUGGCAACGGCUGUGAUCAUGGGAAUGGAGCUGUUAACGUCGUCAACGAUAUGUUAACGUACGCCGGGGGAGCCGUCGAGUUUCAACAGUAUCAUCAUGACCAGCGUCUGCGUGGCCAUCACGCUCUGUUGAAGCCCCAGGGUUUUGGGUUCGCGGAGACUACUGCCUCUGACACGUGGGGGGAUUGUUGAGCAAGAUAUUUGACCCCGAGGGGGUAAAAGAGUAAGCUAGCCGAUGGUCAAAUGACGGAAAGGAAAGAAAGGAAAGAGGAUGAAAAUCAAAAAUCUCUGUUAAGACUUGAGACCAUUUUGUAUGCUUAAUUUUCUGCAUGGUAGAAAUUAGUUCAUUAUGAUAUUUUAGUUGUUUUCGUAUC